GCCCCCGCCUCCUUCAGGAUGACGCUGGACGUGGGGCCGGAGGAUGAGCUGCCCGACUGGGCCGCCGCCAAGGAGUUUUACCAGAAGUACGACCCUAAGGACGUCAUCGGCAGGAGCAGGUGCUGAGGCUCAGUGUGGGAAGGACUUGCCUAGGCUUUCCCAUGGAGGAAGUGGCAGAGCCUGGAUUUGAACCCAGGCCCUACCUGCCUUCCCUGUGAGCUUUGUGUUGUGCCUUGCUGGGUACCCAGGUUCCUGAGGCUGCUGUGAAGCCAGGAGGAGUGAGCUCUGUGGUCCGCCGUUGUGUUCAUCGAGCUACUGGCCACGAGUUUGCCGUGAAGAUUAUGGAAGUGACAGCUGAGCGACUGAGUCCUGAGCAGCUGGAGGAGGUGCGGGAAGCCACACGGCGAGAAACACACAUCCUUCGCCAGGUCGCCGGCCACCCCCACAUCAUCACCCUCAUCGAUUCCUACGAGUCUUCUAGCUUCAUGUUCCUGGUGUUUGACCUGAUGCGGAAGGGAGAGCUGUUUGACUAUCUCACAGAGAAGGUAGCCCUCUCAGAAAAGGAAACCAGGUCCAUCAUGCGGUCUCUGCUGGAAGCAGUGAGCUUUCUCCAUGCCAACAACAUUGUGCAUCGAGAUCUGAAGCCCGAGAAUAUUCUCCUAGAUGACAAUAUGCAGAUCCGACUUUCAGAUUUCGGGUUCUCCUGCCACUUGGAACCUGGCGAGAAGCUUCGAGAGUUGUGUGGGACCCCAGGGUAUCUAGCGCCAGAGAUCCUUAAAUGCUCCAUGGAUGAAACCCACCCAGGCUACGGCAAGGAGGUCGACCUCUGGGCCUGUGGGGUGAUCUUGUUCACACUCCUGGCUGGCUCGCCACCCUUCUGGCACCGGCGGCAGAUCCUGAUGUUACGCAUGAUCAUGGAGGGCCAGUACCAGUUCAGUUCCCCUGAGUGGGACGACCGUUCCAGCACUGUCAAAGACUUGAUUUCCAGGCUGCUGCAGGUGGAUCCUGAUGCACGCCUGACAGCUGAGCAGGCCCUACAGCACCCCUUCUUUGAGCGUUGUGAAGGCAGCCAAUCCUGGAACCUCACCCCCCGCCAGCGGUUCCGGGUGGCAGUGUGGACAGUGCUGGCUGCUGGACGAGUGGCCCUAAGCACCCAUCGUGUACGGCCACUGACUAAGAACGCACUGUUGAGGGACCCUUAUGCGCUGCGGUCAGUGCGGCGCCUCAUCGACAACUGUGCCUUCCGGCUCUAUGGGCACUGGGUGAAGAAAGGGGAGCAGCAGAACCGGGCAGCUCUCUUUCAGCACCGGCCCCCUGGGCCUUUUCCCAUCAUGGGCCCUGAAGAGGAGGGAGACUCUGCUGCUAUAACUGAGGAUGAGGCCGUGCUGGUACUGGGCUAGGACCUCAACCCCAGGGAUUUCCAGGAAGCAGAACUCUCCAGAAGAAGGGCUUUGAUCAUUCCAGCUCCUCUGGGCUCUAGCCUCAGGCCCACCACUGAUCCUGCUACCCUCUUAAAGACCAGCCUGGUACCUGUCUUCCCACCAGCCAGGGCUCUGAGAUCAGAGCUGGGGUGGAAGAGAGCCACUCUGAAUGCCACGCCUGGCCCAGUCAGUGCUGCCUGUGCUGCAUAUGAAAUAAAACCCACUACACACCAGGGA